CCCAGGGUCGGCUUGGCGAGGAGGGGCGGGGCCUGUGACGUCACGAGCCCGGCCCGCUGGAGCUAAGCGAGGGGCCGGGGGGCGCGGAUCCUGAGAGCCAGGCGAGGGAAGCUGGGCCAAAAGAACUGAUCCGGGGAGCCGCGAGCGGCGGGAGCCGGCCCGGAGCCGGACACUUCAGGCCCCUGACCGCCCUCACAGCCGAUCGGUGAACGCGGAGUGGUCCCUAGGCACCCCCUGCCCGGGCCCAGUCCCUCCCCGGGCCCCCCAUGGCCCGGGCCGCAGUCCUCCCGCCGUCCAGAUUGCCACCGACGCUGCCGUUGUUGCCGCUGCUUCUGCUCCUGCUCCAGGAAACAGGAGCCCAAGAUGUGCGGGUACGAGUGCUCCCAGAGGUCCGGGGCCGCCUGGGAGGCACCGUGGAGUUACCGUGCCACCUGCUCCCACCCACGUCGGAGCGCGUCUCUCAGGUGACCUGGCAGCGCCUGGAUGCUGCGGUCGUGGCCGCCUUCCACCCAUCCUUCGGCGUGGACUUCCCCAACCCUCAGUUCACCAAGGACCGUCUGUCCUUUGUCAGAGCGAAAGAGGACACAAACGCAGACCUGCGGGAUGCCACGCUGGCCUUCCGGGGACUGAGGGUGGAGGACGAGGGCAAUUAUACCUGCGAAUUUGCCACCUUCCCCAACGGCACCCGCAGGGGGGUGACCUGGCUCAGAGUCAUAGCCCAGCCUGAGGAUCAUGCUGAAGCCCAGGAGGUCACGUUCGGCCCCGAGUCCGUGCCUGUUGCCCGUUGUGUCUCCACGGGGGGCCGCCCACCUGCCCGGAUCUCCUGGGUCUCAACCCUGGGUGGAGAGGCCAGAGAUACUCAGGAGCCGGGACCGUGGUCCGGCACCGUCACUGUCAUCAGCCGAUACUCCUUGGUGCCGGUGGGCCAAGCGGACGGCAUCAAGGUCACGUGCAGAGUGGAACAUGAGAGCUUUGAGGAGCCACACCUGCUGCCGGUGACCCUCUCCGUGCGCUAUCCUCCCGAAGUGUCCAUCUCUGGCUAUGAUGACAACUGGUACCUCGGCCGCAGUGAGGCCAUCCUGACCUGUAACGUACGCAGCAACCCGGAGCCCACAGGCUAUGACUGGAGCACGACCUCGGGCGUCUUCCCGGCCUCCGCAGUCGUCCAGGGUGCCCAGCUGCUUGUCCAUUCUGUGGAUCGGUUGGUCAACACUACUUUCAUCUGCACAGCCACCAAUGCUGUGGGGACAGGCCGUGCUGAGCAGCUCAUCCUGGUCCGAGAGUCACCCAGCACAGCGGGAGCAGGGGCCACAGGCGGCAUCAUCGGAGGCAUCAUCGCCACCAUCAUUGCCACUGCAGUGGCUGCCACAGGCAUCCUUAUCUGCCGACAACAGCAGAAGGAGCAGAGGCUUCAGGGGACUGAUGAGGAAGAAGAACUGGAAGGACCUCCCUCCUAUAAGCCACCGACUCCCAAGGCCAAGUUGGAGGAACCAGAGAUGCCCUCCCAGCUCUUCACACUGGGGGCCUCGGAGCACAGCACAAUGAAGACUCCAUACUUCGACGCCGGUGUCUCUUGUGCUGAUCAGGAUAUGCCUCGGUAUCAUGAGCUGCCCACCCUGGAGGAGCGGUCAGGGCCCCUGCUCUUGGGGGCCACGGGCCUGGGACCUUCUCUUCUGGUGCCUUCAGGACCCCCCGUUGAGAGGGUUUCCCUGGGUCUGGAAGACGAGGAAGACGAGGAGGAAGACUUCCUGGAUAAAAUCAACCCUAUUUAUGAUGCUCUGUCCUACUCCAGCCCCUCCGACUCCUACCAGGGAAAAGACUUUUUUGUCUCGCGGGCCAUGUAUGUGUGAGGCGCAGGGGCUCUGACCUCCCACCUUUCACCCUUGACCCCUCAGCUUUCCACCAGUGACCUGGGACACUCUGACUUGCAGCCAAGCCAGGGUCAGCUGUCUGUCACCCCUGCAGUCCACCUAUGUCUUGUUUAGUGGCUCCGCCAUGACCUCCAGCUUACGAUUUCUGACCCAGAUAAACCUGCAUGACUGGAAACCUGGAAAUUUUAUCUCCCGAGGCAGGGAGCUCGGACCUCUGCAUCACCUCUGACCCCUCAAGGACUCCUAAGACUGUGCCCCUCUGACCAUGCCACUCACUGCCCACCUCUAUCUCAACUACCCACGCAGUCCCAAAGAAGACCUUGGACUUGUCCUCAGGCAACAGAGUCCCCACAGGUCUGCAAAGAAUGGGGUCAGGGGUUCCCUGCUGCUCAGACCUGAGCCCUCCAGGCAGCAGAAGCCCACCUGACCUCUCCCCAUCCUCCUCCCCAAAGAUGAAAAGGAGAGGACUCCCCAGGGUAAGGUAGGACCUCCCCAUCUCCACCCACUCCUGCGGGCAGGAAUCUCAGGGUUCACACCCUCUCCUCAUCACACGGUACCCCAGUUCCUGUCUCCAGAGCAUGAAGCCCAGGCAGUGCUGGAGGGGAGAGCCUAAUGCAAGUGUGCCUUGCCACCCCAGGUUUGAGAGAUUUCCUCUUAUUUAAAGACUACUGAAACCUUUGAACCCCUACCCAGUGAGAGAAGUACACAUCCCUCUUUAGGGGGAGGGGUGUGUGUGAGAUGGGGCAUCUGGGCAUCUGGGUUGGGAGUUUGGGCAACAUUAUUUUGUAAGCAUUUCCUACAAAAUAUGAGUUUAUACUUUGAUAAA